UAAGCGGUUCGUUAAACCUGGAGAGUUCGAUAGCCCGCAAUCCAUUUCCUGCCCUGGUGAGUGGACGUGGACACCGGAAGUGUCGUGGAAACGUUUUACCUUUUCCCUGAACGGCCGCUUCUGCUCUCGCCCAUUGCAUCCUUUUGUCCGAGCAGCUUCCGAUCCACGGAUCUAUCACUCCGGACUGAUCGUUUCCGAUCGGGAACGUUGUUAUCAGUCCUGUGUCGGCCGUAUCAGUAGAACGAAAUCGAUAAGAUGACUCGACCGCACCAGAUCCUCCCGCUGGCGUGACUGGCUUUUCGGGUAAGAUGUUAAUGAGAGAGGUGCCGGAGAGGUGAUACACCUGCGCAGCUGCGGACUGGAAAGUGGUUGACGCUAGAUGGUGUAAAGAAGACCGCUCUGUAAACUGGGGGUAGCAUUGGCACCAGGGGGUAACAUUCCAGUGGCCAGAUAGCAAAACGUGAUAUGGUUAUUCUGGUUUAGUUGGCCUACUCAGAGAUAUGCUAUAUUUCAGAAACUACGCAGAGUACCGCGUUGUCGUUCGUAACGUUUCUUUAGUAUGAGUCAAGAGUUACGUCAAGAUGCGAGUCCAGAUUUUAGACAACUCUAGAACUGAACGACAUAGUCACCAAAACACGAUUAAACAAUUAAAGAUGUGAGCGGACGGAGUGGACGUUGUCUCGUAAAAGCUGUACGUUAAAAAUGUCCGCGAAAAGAUAGCAUCAGAUAAAAUGAAUAAGAACAUGAAUUCACCGUCUAAACUUACGGAGUUCGCCCCGUUAAGUCCGGAAGAGAGCCAACCUGUCGUCGCUUCCCUCUUUUCAAAAUUUUUUAACUUCACCAGAGGUACACAAAAUGUUGAUGAUUCCACAAUUUCCUCUACAAAUGAGGAGCAAAGUUCAUCUGAUUCCGAAUCAUGGAAACAGUCAGAAAGUACAGAAAAGUCACCCGAAGAUGAUAGUUCGAGUAUUAUGAAUUUUCCAUUGGACACUCGUGAAGGCAGAAGUUUACCAAAUGUACUAAAACGUAUUAGUAAUAUCGUAGCCUUAAAGAGUAAUAAUUUACGUUCGUAUAAGGACUCUCAAUUGAGGAGUUACUGGAUGCCAGAUAGUGUCAGUAAACAGUGUUACGAAUGUGGCGAAAGAUUCACAACGUUUCGGAGAAGGCACCAUUGUCGAGUUUGUGGUCAAAUAUUCUGUUCCAAAUGUUGCUCGGAUCAAAUUCCUGGAAAGAUUAUGGGAUGCACUGGUGAUCUUAGAGUUUGUACAUAUUGUUGCAAAGUAGUUUUGUCUUAUUUGCAAUCAUCGGACAUGAGGAGCGAUUUGUCAGCGGAUUUGAAAGCACUACAAGAAGAUCUACAAGUCAAAUAUGGAAAUGAUUCACCGCCUACAAGUCAAAAAUGUGCAAGUGAGUCGGUAGAAGACGAAACUUUAAUCUGCAGGAAACCUAGUGUGGGAUACAUGGAGGAAAAAUAUGCUAUUGGAAGGUCAACUAGUUAUUUAACAUCUCAGGAACGUUCUUUAGCUCUUCAAAACUCGGCAUCAUUGAGAAUGAUCUACGAGGAACUGUUUAGAUCGAGUCAAGCCAUUCUUCUACAAACGCACCGAGUCAGACUGAAAAGCUAUCACAACUGCUUCCUAGCUAACGAAUUAGUAAAUUGGAUGAUCGCACAAAAUAAAGCGGCUACUCGCGUUCAGGCUACCGCAAUAGGACAAGCAUUAUUGGAAGCAGGUUUCAUUGAAUCGGUGGUUGUUGAUAAUGUAUUCAGCGAUACGGCGACAGUAUUUAAACCGGUGAAAUUAUCUCGUAUGCAAAGUUUAGAUUUGCUGACUGAAACUCAGAACACUUGCGAUGCACAAGAGCCUGCGUGGGUGAAAACAAUUCCGCAGCAUGAUUCAACUACAGACUCAGAAAGCGAAACGAAACCCUCUAAUUCAAUGCAGCAAACCGGACGUUUACCAUCUUCUAGUUCGAGUUUUUAUUUAGAUUUAAAUUUAGAAGCGUCCACCGUUACUUUGAAAAGGCCGACAUCCGAAGAUUUAACUACGAUUUCUGUCGAUAGCAGUGAUGGUGUAAUCGAACAAAAAGAAGUUACAGUAAAAUCGCAUAACUGCAAUCUGAAAAUUGCCGAUGAUUUUUUAAACGACACGCUGCAGGUUCAAGAGUUUAAAGAAAGGAACGGUUGGCACAAGCCGACGAAUCUUCGAACCGCGUUCGGCGAACUUUAUGCCUACGAAUGUUUAACAUCUGCAUAUAAGCAGCACGAAGAUUCCCUGAUUAAACAACUCCUGAACAAGGAAGGUUUAUCUCAAAGUUGGUCAGAAGUAAUACUUCCUAUCGCCCACCAGAUCGUCGAUUACGUUAGACCCGAUUUAAAUCAUAAUGUCGACGAUUUGGAUAUUCGACAGUACGUACAGAUAAAAAAAUGUCCAGGUGGUGGCAGAGAUGAUUGCGAAAUCGUAUCCGGUGUCGUGUGCACAAAGAACGUCGCGCACCGAGGGAUGAACGCGAUGAUAGCUCACCCGAAAAUCUUGUUACUCCAAUGUGGACUUAUGUACCAGCGCGUGGAAGGAAAAUUGUUAAGCCUCGAGCCUGUAAUGCUGCAGGAAAAUGAGUAUCUAGGGCAUACAGUAGCUAGGAUCACCGCUCUUGGCCCAGAUGUUGUACUCGUGCAUCGUUCUGUAUCGAGAUUAGCGCAAGACAGGCUUAGGGAAUGUGGAGUGACUCUCGUUUUGAAUGUAAAACUCAGUGUUCUUGAAAGAGUCGCGCGAUGCACCGGUGCUAACAUUGUGAAUACUAUUGACGCUCAUAUAAGCGCGAGAUACAUGCUUGGUACAUGUAAAAAAUUCUAUUUACGAAAUUUUUCGUGCGAAAAGAAUGGUAUCAAAACGUUGAUGUAUUUUGAAGGAUGCGCAAAUCCGCACCUCGGAGCUACGAUUUUGUUACGUGGCGGUUCCCAAGCUGAAUUGAAGAAAGUGAAGAAUGUCACUUCAACGAUGAUUUUCGCUGCUUAUUCUUGGCGCCUUGAGAAGUCGUUUCUUAUGGACGAAUUCGCGAGACCGCCGUCUCCGAAUAAUUCAUUUUUGGACGAAACGUUGAACAAAGAUCCUGAAGAACCUCAAGCGACUAAUAAAAUAUUGCAUGCCAAGGUUAGUGACGGAAGUGAUGAGUUAUUGGCUCAUACCAAGGGAUAUAUAGACAAUGCAGAAAUGUUGAAAGUGUCGAAAGUUCAAGACGAUUCUGGAAAUACGUCAAAUGAUACGCAGUGUAUAGAAAUAGUUUCGGAUCAGACUGAAAAUGUCCUGAGUUCAGAUUCCGUUAAGCAAAUAUCUUCUAUACUGUCCGAGGAUGCUGAUCCCUACGAUACUUUAAAAUUAUUCAAACCUAAAUCAAAGUCUAUGAUUGAUACAAAAAAUUCAGGGGAUUAUGACAAAACUGUCAAUGAUAGCUCUGGCCUUGAUAUAGAUAGCAAUGAAGAUCCGAACAGCACAAUGGAAUUAUUCGGAGGCAAAAAUAGCGGGAAAGUAACUAAGUCUAUGAAAGAGGAAACCGAUAAGUUAAAAGUGAAAGACAAGGUUGUUUCAGAGGAGAAACGUAUCUACGGUGAAUCCAUUAGCGAUCGUAGCGAUCCUCUCCAUCAGUACUUAAAUGAAGAUGACGAAGAUGUCUUCAGUCAAACUAGUCCGAACGCUCAACAUUUAAGUGUCGCCGAUUUACCAUUACUAAAUACAUUUAAAAAAGCAUUGGAGGGAACUAUAUUAAGCGUUUCGCCUUAUUUAAAAUUUUCUGUGCCCUACUUGGAAACCGAGACUGGGAGGAAUUGCGUAUUGCGUAGCUUUUUUCCACGAGAGAUAUUUUAUUCGGCGCAGUUUAUCGACAAAGUGAAAGAAAAUAAAACUAGCAACAUUCCCGUGGAACAAACUGUGUUUAAGAAUCCGUUGAUGAAGCUGGAAUUGAAGCCGCAGCAUCCGUUCGUGCAAGCGAAAUUGACCACAGACGUCGACAACCAAGAGGUGCAAGCUUUAUUAGCCAAUUUCAGAGCGUGCGGAAGCCGAUUGUACCCGACGAACAACGUUCUAUCGGAUAAGCAACAAGUCUUGAUGCAAUCGGAGAUGAACGAUCAACCGCUCGUGUGGCCCGAUUGUCUAGACCCUGCUAGUCAUCAACGAUUGUCUGUGUUAUUCUGUAGCUUUUCCCAUACUGGCAACGACACCCCGGCAUUCUGCGUGAACCCUUGGAUAGUGAAUAUGGAUCUCUACGGGAGAAACGAUAUCGCGCUGGGACGGUUCCUGGAACGUUACUGUUUAACAUCUGAGUACAAGUGUCCUGCACAAGCGUGUCGAGCGCAGAUCGCUCAGCACGUUCGCAGAUUCGCUCACGACGCCGGUUGUAUACACAUUAGCUUAAGCGAGAUGAACACCGAUCCAUUUUCGCAAGAGAAUGCGAAUCAGAUAUUGAUGUGGAGCAAAUGUAUGAAGUGUAAAAGUGUCUCACCAGUGGUACCGAUGUCGGACGACACUUGGUCCCUGUCGUUCGCCAAAUAUUUGGAACUGAGGUUUCAUGGAAGCGCGUACACUAGACGAGGCACGGAGACCUGUCCGCAUUCACUCCACCACGAUCAUUAUCAAUAUUUCACGAAGAAGAAUAUGUUGACUGUAUUUAAGUACACGAAAAUUUCAUUGUGGGAGAUCUCGUUACCGCCGCCUGUGAUAAACAUAAUUUACGACCCGAAACAACAUGCGGACGUGAUAGAAGAGAUGAAGAUCAUAGCCUUGAAAGGAGACGAGGUAUUCUCUUGCAUCCGAGAGAAGUUGACCACCCUACAGACAGACAUGGACAUUCUCACUGCUGUUAAACAACAGUUGACUAAAGAUCAACAGUAUUUUAAAAACAAGAUAGAAGAGAUCCAAUUGAAAUUGACAUCGCCCACUUUGGAGAACAAGAAGCUCGAAGGAAAGGUGUCUGAGAAACAAGUUCAGGCUUUAAUGUUCAGAAUCGAGGACGGGAUAGUGAUUCUUAAGCGAUUGAUAUCGGAAGUGGUGUUCACUUGGAAUACCAAAAUCUUGGAGAUGUCCGUUAAGAAGAAGGAUGAGAGACCGAGGCGAUUUACUGAGCGAUCACUUACCACAGGAAGCAAUAACAUAAUCGAUGCGGAUGGAUACAUUACAGAGGAUACCGCGUCGGAAUCUCAGUUAGAGGAUUUGAGUCCUAUGUCGGCGGACUAUAAUGCUAUCGACGCCAUCGCGACUGCACAGAACGAUUUGCAAGGAAUAGACGUUGUAGAAAACUCUGACAAUGAAGUUUUAGAGAGCAACUAUCCUGACGACAUCGUUGUUGUACAAGGAUCUCCAAAGAUGCAUCAGAGGUCUCAUUCCGAUGUCCUGCCUAUUACCUUCGACGAUAUGCCGGACAAGAAAAAAAAGAAAAAGACGAUCUUGUCGCAAUUGUUACCGUCUGUACCUGUAACUCAACCAAUAUCGAAUCCCCUCGGAACUUUAGAACAUCAUUUACUCCCUCUUGGGUCAGUUGUACCUAUAGUGGUGUACGAAUCAGAGCCUUCUUCCAUAAUCGCAUACGCAUUAGAUUCGCACGAUUACAAGCAUGCGCUGCAUGAAUUAUUGCGCACAACGAAAGGGCCUGACUUGAAUCCCAGCCCUUUGAUCAAACGUAAAUUCCCGGAGAACAAAGAGAACUUUUCCGACAUAAUGCAAUCUGGGGAAUUUAAACGACCAUCGGUUUUGUCGUUUUUCCGAGGGAACAGUCCAAAUCCGGCGAGUCCCAUAGAUUCUGAUAAAACUAUCUCGAACGUGGAAUCUAAUGCUCAAAAUUCAACUACUACUACUACGGAUGCGGAAGAAGACAAGAAAACGACGAAGCAGCAGAAUUACAUCGAAGUACAGUUCAACGAUGCAACGACCAACUUUUAUUGCAGAAUAUAUUUUGCGGCACAGUUUGCCGCCUUCCGGGAGAACGUUUUACCAUGCGGUGAAGAUGGUUUCACCAGGAGUUUGAGUCGUAGCGUGCAAUGGGCAGCGAGAGGUGGCAAAAGCGGAAGUGCUUUCUGUAAAAGUCGAGACGACAGAUUUAUUAUAAAAGAAAUGUCUAGGCUAGAGAUGCAAAUAUUCCUUGAAUUCGCACCAAACUAUUUUGCCUACAUGGAGAAAUGCCAGCAAACGAGACAACCAACGUUGCUGGGAAAGAUAGUCGGUGUUUAUAGAGUGUCUUUUAAAAAUAAUACAACAAACGCGGCGCUUCGUACCAGCGUACUGGUGAUGGAGAAUUUGUUCUACAAGAGAACGAUUACAGAAAAGUUCGAUUUGAAAGGAUCGGUCAGGAAUCGUCUUGUAAAUCCUGACGAUACGUGUCAGGAGGGUGAGCUCGUACUACUGGACGAGAAUUUAUUAAACAAGAGCUGCGAUUCACCGCUGUAUAUUCGAUCGCAUUCUAAAGCGGUUUUAAAUAGAGCAAUAGAACAGGACACCAAAUUUCUGGCUGACAAUUCCGUGAUGGACUACUCUCUACUAGUAGGUUUAGAACCGAAUACGGAUGUCCUUGUUCUGGGUAUAAUAGAUUAUAUAAGAACAUUUACAUGGGACAAAAAGCUAGAAACGAUGGUGAAGAAAUCGGGUAUACUUGGUGGCCAGGGAAAAUUACCAACGAUAAUAUCGCCGGAAGAAUAUCGGGCACGUUUCAUAGCCGCGAUGCAUCGAUAUUUCUUACCUGUACCAGAUCGAUGGUUCGGCUUAGACAGAGGCGUAGAAACGUCGUAAGAGAAACUUUAACUUCCGAAUAGUGAGACUCACAAUUUUUCGGUGGUCAGAUGGUAAAAUAUGAUAAUUAUGAUCAAAACUAUAAUGGUGCUUUUUCCGUGUGAUUCUGAAUUAGUGACCACCUUCGGAUCGGAACUAAUUUAAAAUGAUACGUAUUUUUAAACAUGUCGAGAUUCGAAAACUUCCUUUAUCACAUUUUGCCAUCUGACAAUAAAAAUAUAUGUAUAUACAUUUUCUAUGCAGCUGAUACAAGUGUAAUGAACACCGUUAUUUAUAGAGAUAACUCUAAUUUAUAUAUAUAUAUUAAUAUUUUAUAUCACUACUAGUCGAUGUUACGACAUUUUGUAAUCAAAAAGUGAGACACAAGUGAAAACAAGUUACCGUUAUCAUUAUUAUAGUACGAAAUCUUAUUUGUAGUUUUAAUUUUCGUUAUUUACAUCGCGAUCUAAUCGUGACGUUUUUAUUCGCAUUCCUUUAAUUGUCAUUACAUAUAUGUAUAUUUAAUAUAUAAAGACAUUUACAGUGAAAUGUACAAGAAGUUUUAAGUUUAGUAAAAAAGGGAAUGAAUGAGAAUUGCAUAAGAUUAUAUAAAAGUCUGUGAAAGCACCAUUA